AUGGCAGACGUUCUCGCUGCUGUUUAUGACAGUGCAAAACUUUUACGAAAUAGUGGAUACUACAGCGAUGCAUUGAAAGAAUUGAAUAAGCUAAUUGACCUUUCCAAGAAAUGUAAGGAACAAUCCGAAUCCCUAAAUCAAUUGUUAUCUCGUGCAUGGAACGAUAGAGGACAUUUAAAGUAUUUGAAAGUUGACUUCGAUGCUGCAAUUUAUGAUUACACUCAAGCUAUAGAACUCGAUAAAAACUUUGCAGUACCUUACUACAACAGAGGGCAGAUUCAUUACAGAAUGGGUACGUACAAGUCAUUUCACACCACUCUGAAAUCACAGAAUGCUUUGAAUUAUUUUGUUUUCUAUGUAUUUUUAAAUCCACUAAAAAAAUGAACACAUAAAAAAGAAAAAAACUUUAUUUCCAAGUUACUUUCCAAGUAUUUCCUUUCCAAUCCUUUAAUAUGUUUGACUUGGUUAUUCUUUGUUCUCAUUUCUUUGAAAUAACAGGACGUUAUGAGGAGGCAGUGAAAGACCUCAGACAAGCCUUGAGAAUUGACCCAAAUUUUGAAGAUGCAAGGCAAAACCUAGAACAAGCCAUUCAAGAUUGGAAUCUUAAUCCAAAAUAAACUACUAUCUGUGCAUAGAUUUGCUCUAAUGAAGGGCUUAAGCGUCAGCUUUAAAAUUCGUUAUGGUAGCCAAUUCACAUCAUCAACUCAGUUGAUAAUACUUAAAUACCCUGUUAUUCUCUCCAACCAACAUAGCACCACAGUUUCUUUAGAAACUUACCCCCUUUAUUCGUACAAUCUAUGGAGACAUUAUAGAUAGAUGUGUUGUUCACU